UCGUGUACUUCGUGCGGUUGUCUAGGAAAAUCAAACAAACCGAACCCAAAGCCAUAAAACAAACUCCUCUUUAACAGAGGUCCACAGUUGAGAAACCCAACCCCGAACAAAAAACCUCCCCGCCCAGUGAAACCAGCGGCGUUGUGAAUACAAUCAUUUUUGCCAUCGCCCGAACAUCAAAUCGAAACCCAACCCACAAUAUGAUGUCCUUCAAGGCGUUCGUCCUGCUUAGCUUAUCCCUCGCUGCCAUCAGUGCCUAUGCCUACGCCCAAAUCGCCCCUGGCUCCAACGCGUACCUCCCGCCCACGAAGAACGGCUACGACUACUCGGAACCCAAGACCCCAUUCAAGCCCAGCCAACCUGGCAGACCAGCAGCGCCCGGACCUCGACCACCAGCUCCACCCGGCACUCCCCGCAACAUUCCCGGCCAACCCGCCGAUGACCAUGUCCACGUGCCCGGUAUGCCGUACGACUUCGAGUACGCCGUCCAGGAUCCAGAGACCGCCAACGACUAUGCGCACAAGGCGUCCAGCGACGGCGACGUGGUGACCGGCGAGUACCGCGUCCAGAUGCCCGACGGACGGACCCAGAUCGUCCGCUACACCGCCGACUGGAAGACGGGCUACCACGCGGACGUGACCUACGAGGGCGAGGCCACCUUCCCGCAGGGUCCCCAGCCGGGAGCACGCGGUGGCAGCGGCGGCGGUGGCGGCGGUGCCGGUGGGUACAAGUACUAGGCGUGGGUGGUGCUUCGACUGGGUCAGCUGGGGUCACAUAUCUUGCGAAACGUGUAAGCCUUACGAUAUACCAAUAAAAAGUAUUGAUAAACUAAA